GCAUUUCGGGUUUACUUUUACCACGGCUUCAAGUUAGGACGGCUUUGCGGUCUCGCAUUCCUUUGGGAGUACGGUCUGUCUUGAAAAUAUGAUUAUCAUUCUCGUAAGAGUUAUAAGGCAAGUUUAACAAUAUGGCACUAAAGGAUCCAGCUGAAACAUCAACAAUGCGUGAUUCUCAAAGUGAAAGUGAUGAAAUACUUCCAUUGCCAAAGCAGGCAUUAUGGGAUGAAGAUGUGCAAGAAGAUAACAUAAGACAUCGAAUUUUAGCUAGAAGAGAAACUAUUAGGAAGAGGCUUGCUGAAGAAUCUGAACAUGCAUUACUAUUUGACCAAACUGAAAGGCACAGGAACAAGAAUUUAGAAGAAAAUGAAAAUCAACUGGCUGAUGUGAUAAGAAGCAGAGUGAGAGAUAAACUGAAAGCAGUAAAAGCUGGGAUUACAAGUUCAUUCAUACAAGAAUUCAAAGAACCUUCACCCAAUCUGCAACAGUUAAAAGAUGAACUGGCGACAAGAUUUGAUAAGACAUUAAAUUUCAAAUCAGAUGAAGCAUGUCAAUUCUUUACUUCUGCUUUGAAUUUGUCAACUGAAUCAGUGAUACAAGAAGAUGAGUUGGCACAACUGAAAGAUUUAUCUUCUGAAUUUCGUCUCACUGGAUUGGAGGAAAAUGAAGAGAGUGAAAUUCAAUUUCCUGGAAGUAUAUCAGAAGAAAAGGCCAAAUUUGACUUGUUUCUAACUGAACAUGUAAUCGAAAGGAUACCUGCUGAAUAUCAGAAUCGUCAAUUACAGAGAGAAAAUAUGAAAAAUCUCUUCAUUCCUAGUACAUUACCAGUAGCUCUAAACAGUAAACUUCCAAGAAACACUGCACCUCGUGUCUUGGAGGAAGAAGGUUUUUAUGUCAGUCAAAAACCAGAUGUGUUGGAAAAAAAUAUCAACAAAAUGGAGAAUCGCUUUCUUGUUCAAGAACAGAGAAAACACUGGUUUGGGGAAGAUGGAAAUAUUAUUGCAUUACCAGAUCCAAUUAAGUUAUCCUGGAAGUGUAGACAGUCAUCAGCAGAUGAUGGAGAGGAUCCUAAAACAAGACUAAAGACGGUGUAUAAGAAGGCCAUAGUGAGUGAAUUAGCAAAAGAUAUUGACAGUCAUUUUGUGGAAUUUUCUCAAAUCUACCAACUGGAUAUAAAUAUUGGAAACUUGCAUUUUGUCCACCAUCCUUUGUUUAGCAAAGAGCAUGUUUUAGCAGUGAAGCUUAUACAACUUUUUGACAAUUAUCAACAAAGGCAAAAGCAAAAUGUUAGCCAGCUCCUCGCAGAAAAGCUUCACACACUAAAUAAUGAGAUAAAAAAUGUAGAAAGACACUUGGAAGCAAAUUCUAUAAAUCUCAAUAGAAUUGAAGACUUAAAGAAGCAAAUGGGGGAAACAAAGAGACUUCUCAAUAUUGAAAAGGAAAAAGAUCAUACUCUGAUAACAAACAUUUUGAAGGUCUGGAAACAGAUAAAAAAUUUGCGAAUUUUAAACAAUUACAUCUGUACACCAGUAAAGCUCCAAUUGCAAGAGUUGGAAGUGAAUUAUGAAGCAUUUGGAAAGCAAUGUGAAGUGGAAUACAUUGCGGAAGUAAUUGGACUUGAACAACAACUUCAACAACAGUUUUGGAAAGAAAUGGAGACAUAUAAUGAAAAAUUGAAAAAUUUGCAAAACAAACAGAAUGUCAAAAGAAGAAAACUUACAGAAGGAGAUGAAUCAGUUAGUGAAGAUACUGAUGAUGACAUAGGAAAGCCACCGGUACUUUCUACGCCAACUGAUAGAGAGAAAAUGGAAGAUAUGGCAAGAAAAAGAAGCUCAUGGAUUCAGAAGCAACAGAUUAAGCCUAUUUUGAUUCCUAAACUAUUACUGACUGUGGAUGUGACACCAAUCUCUCAAUGCUCUGGGGCUGAAUUGCAAAGAAGGAUGGAAGUGGAAAACCAUAAGUUCUUCAUUCGUAUUUUCUACAAUGACAAAUUUGUUUCCUCUACUGUUAUCUCACAAUUACUGCCAGAUUUCAGUGUACAAUUUAGACAAAUAUUCAACAUUCAGAUCAUUCACAAACCCGAAAGCAUUAGAUUUGAGAUUUGUGAAUUAGUGAACAAAAAUAUCAAACUACUGGCAAAGGUGUAUAUAGCCAUUCCUGAUGUAACCACAAUUACCAAUACCGCGGUUUUGGAAGAAGUAGAAUUUGGUAGUGAUGAGGUAGUAACAACUACUCAUGAAGGAGUUGGAAGUAAUGUACCAUUUGUUUUGGAUGAAUCAAAAUCUGAAGAAUAUUUUUUAUUAACUUCCGGAAAGCUACUGUAUGCUGUUUCAUGGGGAGUGGAUGAAGAUGGCCUUGCCCUUGCACCACCACUAAUGUAUCAAAAUGGUUUUCUAUCUUCAUUUCUUGUCAGCGUGGAUGCUAUUGCAUCAAUUGGGAUGUCUUGGCUGAAUGAUUUGCAGAAACUUGCUGAGUGGGCGAGAAAAGCCAGGGUGGAUCCCAAUGAUCCGCAGAAUUCAGAUUUAAUGCAAAUAAUUAAGUAUGCAACUGAGGAGGGCCAAUAUGCUCCUGAAUACUUUAGAUUAGACCAAAUACAAGAAGAGUUUAAUUUUGUGCCAGAUAAAAAACUGGAGCUCUCUAAACGUUUUCGAUUACUGAUGCUUAGAAAUUCUGGAGUUCCUGAAUAUUGUUGCUUUAAGCAAGUGCCGCCAUAUGACAGAGAGAUAUCUGACAAUAUUUUCCAGGAAUUUGAAAGCCAAAGGGAUGACGUAUUUAUAAUUAUGGGUGAAGAUUCACUGACAGAACAGAGAAUGAUGGCACUUAAGCAUCUAGAAAAGGUGAAAGCUUCUGUGAUGAAAAAGCUUUUGAGGGUCAAGUACCAUUAUUCAGUGCAAGAUAUGGUUGUGGAAUGUGAAGAAAUUAGAACCAUAAGCCAAAUAAGUCUUGCCAUGUUAAACAUGAUUGCACCUCGAAAAACAUUGAAACCACUGCGUAAGGAGAGAAAAAAAAUACCUGCCCAGACCUUGUCUGAUGGAGAUGUCAAAUUGCUUAUUAAUGUAUUAGGAGCAUACAACAUUCCAAUGAGGAAAUGUAUUGUUAGAAUGAUGGGUUUGAUUCUCUACUCUUACUUUGAUACAAAUCAGAUUCAAGUGCAACCAUUUGUUGAAGUUACCUUCCAGCAAUCAAUGUAUCAGACAAGUAUUGCUGAUGGAACCCAGCCAUGUUGGAAUGAAAAACUUGAAAUGGAUUUCAAAUCACCUAAUGGAGAUUACAACAGUGCAGCCUUAUGCAAAAUGAAGGACAAAAUAUUAAUUAAUAUAUUUGACAAUAUAAGUGUUCCUAAUCCAGAGAGUGACUGCCUUGAGACUUGCAAUAUUAAGCCACAUGUCAAGCAUUGGCUGGGAUCCAUUGCUAUUCCAUUCAGUACGGUACUUGAACAAUCAAAGGUGAAUGGUACUUUCAGAAUAGACACCCCACCAAUGUUACUAGGAUAUACUUGGAAGAAAAUAGACCCAGGCUCUUGUGAGCAAUUUUAUGAGUUUGGACUUGCAGAAAGUUCGCUUCUAACAAUUUUUUUAACCUUGGAUCCUCAAGUUUCUUGUUCAGAUAUUGAAGAUAGCCAACCACCUCUCUGGCAGUUGGAAACAAUAGAAGAUGAAGAUUUGUUGCAUAUGGCACAUACAUUUCAAAAAGAUAUGCAAAAUCUUUACCCAAAGCGAAGAAUCAUUGUCAAUACUAUUGACACUGAAUGUAGAGUUGGGAUUGUUACAAGAUAUAUCAGACCACUUUGUCCACCACAAGAACUGCUUGAUAUAUUUCCUGAAAAUUCCAAGGCAACCUUAAAUGUUAUAGCUAGAUUUGUGUCCUUGAUUCCAUACCUUCCAGAACAUCUAGGCUUUUCAGAUGCCUGCAAUACUUGGCUGACAUCACAGCAAUUUCUUAAUCUGAUACUUGGAGGUAAAGAGGACCAUGCAGUCCUUCUUUGUAACUAUUUCUUGUACAUGAAGGUGAAUGCUUUUGUGCUGUUGGGAACCUCAAUUCUUGAAGGAGUGACAGCAUAUGUGAUUACUCAAGAAAAAACAGCCACCAUGAUUUGGAAUCCAGAAACUGGAGAGUGUUAUGACCAGUACAAUGCUUUCUGUCCACUUCAAAGUGCUGAUUGCUUGAUCAAUAAAGAAAAUGUCUGGGUUAAUAUUCAAAAGAACAGUCUCCCAAUGAGUGUAAAUUUUGAUGUCACAAAGGAAUAUAAUUGGCGGCCAUUCUUCACCAAGAGUUCUCAGAAUUAUGUAUUAUCUUCUGUACAGCCGCAAGAACUAAUCUACUACUCCACAGAAAGAAGCCUUGUUGAUAAAUUACAGAGCAGAAUUGAAUGGGCAUUGAAGAACAAAAUCAUGGAAUGGAGAGCUCACCACCCUACACGAUGGAACCGUUACUGUACUGGAGUGUUUCAAAAUUUUCUUCCACUACUUGAACAAAACCUUGGUUGCUCAGUAAGUGAAGAACAGAGCACAGGAUUAGAGAGUUUAUUAAAAGAAUUCAAGGUUUCUGGAUUUCCUAUUCACAUGCGCUAUUCAAAUUUGCAGGCAAUAUUUGAUAAAGUCUACAGUACUGGUAUUCAUAAUAUAGAAAUCCAUAAUGUGGAGUUUGCUGUUGCCGUGUAUGUUUAUCCAUAUCCUAACAAUGUAUUAUCAGUAUGGGUCUAUGUAGCAUCUUUGUCUUAA